UCCAAUGAACUCCAGAAGACGCUCACCUCUACAACAGAUAUCCGAAGCUCGAUACACAGAGGCAGCCACGUGUAUGCACAUGGUGAAUCCAACAUAAGUCUCCGCAUUUCCACAACAUUGGCUGCCUCUCUCUCCCUCUCUCUCUUUAAUUUCCUUAUUUCCACGCUAACAAAUCCCUUCCCUUGCUCCUUGAAUCAUCUCUCCUUUUGUGUUUGUUUUUCUAUUUUGUUUUCUUUGAUUUCUUCUGGCUGCUGCUCCGGCAAUGGCAGCGACAACUACGGCGUCGUUUAGUGGAGUUAGUCUCCGUCCUCCUUAUUCACGUCAGAGCAAUAGGAGUGGGUUGUUUUCGCAGUCUUUAAGCUUCACUGCAAAACGGAAUUCUCUCAAGUCGCUUUUAUUGAAGAGGAGUGGCUUUGGUUAUGAGAAGAUUUCGAGAACUCAAAGGUCCUUCAUCGUCAGGUGUGAUGCUUCUUCUACUGGAAAGAUUUCUCAGCAAGAUUUUACAGAGAUGGCAUGGCAAGGAAUUGUUUCUUCUCCAGACGUGGCCAAAGAGAACAAGCAUCAGAUUGUGGAGACGGAGCACUUGAUGAAAGCUCUAUUGGAGCAGAAGAAUGGACUUGCUCGCCGGAUCUUUUCAAAAAUUGGGGUUGAUAAUACUCGUCUUUUGGAAGCUACUGAUAAGUUUAUCCAACGGCAACCCAAGGUUCUUGGUGAAUCUGCUGGUUCAAUGUUAGGACGUGAUUUGGAGGCUUUGAUCCAGCGAGCCAGGGAAUACAAGAAAGACUAUGGUGAUUCAUUUGUUUCUGUUGAGCAUUUGGUCCUUGCGUUCACUCAGGAUCGACGGUUUGGGAGGCAGUUGUUUAGGGAUUUUCAGAUAUCUCUGCAGACACUGAAAUCUGCAGUGGAAUCAAUAAGGGGCCGUCAAUCAGUCAUAGACCAAGAUCCUGAAGGGAAGUAUGAAGCUCUAGAGAAAUAUGGAAAAGAUUUGACAGCCAUGGCAAAAGCAGGAAAGCUUGACCCAGUUAUUGGAAGGGAUGAUGAGAUUCGUAGAUGUAUUCAGAUACUCUCUAGAAGAACUAAAAACAACCCUGUGCUGAUUGGUGAACCAGGUGUUGGGAAAACUGCAAUUUCUGAAGGGCUGGCUCAGAGAAUAGUGCAAGGGGAUGUACCUCAAGCUCUGAUGAAUAGGAAGCUAAUAUCACUUGACAUGGGUUCACUCAUUGCUGGGGCUAAAUAUCGGGGAGAAUUUGAAGAUAGACUGAAGGCUGUACUUAAGGAAGUUACAGAGUCAGAUGGUCAGAUUAUUCUUUUCAUUGAUGAGAUCCACACGGUUGUUGGGGCAGGUGCUACGAAUGGUGCAAUGGAUGCGGGCAAUCUGUUGAAGCCAAUGCUUGGCCGUGGAGAGUUAAGGUGUAUUGGUGCAACAACACUGGAUGAAUAUCGAAAAUACAUUGAGAAGGAUCCAGCCUUGGAACGUCGUUUCCAGCAAGUUUAUGUAGAUCAACCUUCAGUUGAAGAUACAAUUUCCAUUCUUCGUGGACUACGUGAACGAUAUGAGCUGCAUCAUGGAGUUCGCAUUUCUGACAGUGCUCUUGUGGAAGCUGCAAUUCUUUCUGAUCGUUACAUCAGUGGAAGAUUUUUACCUGACAAAGCUAUUGAUCUAGUUGAUGAAGCAGCUGCAAAGCUGAAAAUGGAGAUCACUUCAAAACCUACUGCCCUUGAUGAAAUUGACCGUUCAGUAUUAAAAUUGGAGAUGGAGAAACUCUCUCUUGCAAAUGAUACAGAUAGAGCUUCAAAAGAUCGGUUGAAUCGUCUUGAGGCUGAGUUGUCAGUGUUAAAGAAGAAACAAGAAGAGCUGACGGAGCAAUGGGAACACGAGAAGACAGUCAUGACACGAAUUCAAUCAAUUAAGGAAGAGAUAGACAGGGUAAAUCUUGAGAUUCAGCAGGCUGAGCGUGAGUAUGAUCUUAAUCGUGCUGCUGAACUGAAGUAUGGUAGCCUGAACUCUUUGCAACGCCAGCUUGAAGUUGCUGAGAAAGAGUUGGAUGAGUAUAUGAGAUCUGGAAAGUCCAUGCUGAGAGAAGAAGUUACUGGAGAUGAUAUUGCUGAAGUUGUCAGCAAGUGGACUGGUAUCCCUGUUUCCAAGCUCAAACAAUCAGAAAAAGAGAAGCUUCUACAUUUGGAGGAAGAGCUGCAUAAGCGUGUGGUGGGUCAGGAUCCUGCAGUGAAAUCAGUAGCUGAGGCAAUUCAGAGAUCUCGUGCUGGUCUCUCAGAUCCUCGGCGUCCAAUAGCUAGCUUCAUGUUCAUGGGUCCCACUGGUGUUGGAAAAACAGAAUUAGCUAAAGCUCUGGCUUCUUAUAUGUUCAAUACCGAAGAGGCCCUUGUGCGAAUUGACAUGAGUGAAUACAUGGAAAAGCAUGCAGUUUCAAGGUUGAUAGGUGCCCCUCCUGGUUAUGUGGGAUAUGAGGAAGGUGGACAGUUGACAGAGACAGUUCGCAGGAGACCAUAUGCCGUUAUUCUCUUUGAUGAGAUAGAGAAGGCCCAUGCUGAUGUGUUCAAUGUCUUCCUUCAGAUCUUAGAUGAUGGAAGGGUGACAGAUUCACAGGGCCGCACUGUUAGUUUCACUAAUACUGUCAUAAUCAUGACUUCCAAUGUGGGUUCACAAUACAUACUCGACACAGAUGAUGACAUGCCAAAGGAGGUAGCUUAUGAAACUAUCAAGAAGAGGGUGUUGGAAGCUGCAAGAUCAAUCUUUCGACCUGAGUUCAUGAAUAGGGUUGAUGAAUACAUAGUUUUCCAGCCGCUGGAUCGCAAUCAGAUAAACAGUAUUGUCAGAUUACAGUUAGAACGUGUGCAGCAGAGGAUUUCAGAUAGGAAGAUGAAACUGCAGGUGACAGAUACAGCUGUGGAGCUUUUAGGGAGUCUUGGAUAUGACCCCAACUACGGAGCUAGGCCAGUUAAGCGGGUGAUUCAACAGUAUGUUGAAAAUGAACUUGCCAAAGGUAUAUUAAGAGGGGAAUUUAAGGAUGAGGACACUGUAUUUAUAGACACAGAGGUUACAGCAUUUUCCAAUGGCCAGCUUCCCCAGCAAAAGCUAGUCUUCCAGCGGCUUGAAAUUGAUGCAAAUGCUUCAGCUGCCGAAAGCCAAGCUGUUUCACAGGCUCUUUGAAACGUCUUUUAGUUUAUGCAAAUUAUAACGCUGGUAUAAACAGGUUCUCUGCUUACGAUACUAAGCAGGAUACUAGAGGAACUUUGUCUUGUACAGUGUCACCCGCAGCAAAUAUAAAGCCACAAGGAAUGUUGCUACUUUUUGGAAGUAUUUUAUUGGUUGACUUGCUUCAAGACAUUGACGUAGUUCCUUUUUAUCUGGAGGAGUCGCUGAACUCGAGCCUCGGAGCUGCUUUUGACUGUAGAUACUACGACAAAUAAGUAGAGAGAGUGACACGAGUGUUAUUAAUCUAAUCAAGUAAUGCCUUUUUUUGAGAAUUUAUGUUAACGUUUUAUGGAUGGAAAAAUAUCAGAAUGACUUAAUUUUGGUUAA